ACAGGACAAUACCGACUUCUAUACAGCACAGUUAAUGGCCCAUGAGUUAGGCCACAGUUUGGGAUGUGAUCAUGACGGAGAUGGCAACUCCUGUAAUAGUAAAGACGGAUAUGCCAUGGCAACACACUUUAUCCUGGCAAAUGUAAAGAAAUGGACAUUUUCGUCUUGUUCUGUGAAUUACAUUCAAACAUACAUAUCUAGCUUGGACAAACAGCAUAGGGACUGUUUGUUAUCAUCACAGAACAGACAUCCAGACCCGUACGUGCUUAAUGUUACAACUCUAUGGUAUGGACAGAGAUAUUCCGCUGACGAGCAAUGUCGGGUGCACUAUGGAGCAGGUUCCUAUCUUUGCCGAGAUAGGUACUAUAAAGAUUACACCAAUAUUUGUCUAAAACUGAAAUGCUACGAUGCUAAGCGAGAUAGCUGUUAUUACAUAGAUGGCGGUGAUGGAACACCAUGUGGAAACAAAAAGUGGUGUAUUUCGGAUGUAUGUGUACAGGAUAAUCAUGCACCCUCGGUUUCAGAUUCUUGUCCUGCUGGAGACCAGACAGGCGUUGUUAAAAAUGGCAUGACGUGCAAACAAUUGAUUAGUUCCGAUCCAAAUGAAUGUUAUGCGCAUGGCAUUAAAUACAAAUGUUGCAGCACAUGCGCAGGCAGCGAUCAACAUGGCAACACUAUCAGCAUAGACCAACAAUGUGUGAAAAGACAUGGACAGGGAUCGUAUCUUUGCAGGGGAACACAUCGGUAUUCAGCAGCAAAUUAUUUCUCGAUGGUUUGUUCAGACCUUAUGUGUAACGACCCCACACGGAGUAAUUGGUGUUUGUCAUCGUCAUCUGAUGAUAGAACGACUUGUGGCGAUAAAAAGUGGUGCAUCAACAAAGUAUGUGUACACGACAAUGCAGCUCCUUCUAUGCAAGAAUCCUGUCCAUUUGGGGACCAGUCGACUGGUAUCGCAGCUCACGGUCUCACUUGUGCUCAGAUAAAACAUCCAGAACAUCACUGGCGUUGCUAUGACGACCAUACAAGAAAAAAAUGUUGUGAAACCUGUCAAUCCAUCUUACGAAAUCAACAAGGAUGUGAAUAUGGAGACAAGAGUGACUGGUGCCAAACAAACAUAGCCUCACAGAACGAUAAACAGAUGUGUUACUGGGGACAUAAUGCAGAUUUAUGUUGCGGGUCUUGUUCUAAAUACAGGAAUAUGGCACACCACGGUUGUGAAUAUGGAGAUAAACAAAGUGGAUGUGAAGCAUCUAGAUGUUCCCAUUAUAGUUCCAGCCACAGGGGAAAGUGUUGCGAAACAUGCUUGAGUGCUCCUGUUAUAGGAUAA